AGGGGACCUACAGUAUGUUCAUCCAAUGUUAAACAUUCUGCCAGAUCUUACAUGUAGAUCACCCCGGGAAAGCUUACAGAUUUACAUGGGCAUACAGUUUCACGAUUACAAGGAUUCUGAUCAACUGUUUGAUGAAAAGCAGUUUAGAAGUCCGGUCUUCCAGAGGACAUUCCAGUAUUUGUUGCGACUUGAUGAAGGCAGACAACUUGAUGAUGUUCAUCCACACGAUGCAGAAGGAACUCCUGAGACUUGCCUGCAAACACUCUUAAGGCAUUGUGGAUUAGAAGAUCCAUCCUGGUCCGAGCUUCACCAUUUUGUUUGGUUUCUCAACACCCAGCUGGUAGAUUUUGAGAACAACAUGUUUGUUAGUGCUGCAGCUGCAGAAGAUCUUCCAGGCUUCUCCACAUUUGUUCUGAGAUUCCUGAUUCAAAUGUCAAGGGAUUUUUCAACACGAUCUUUGGACAUGAAAGAAGAAUCCCCAGGUCUGAAACCAGAAGGUAGGGAAAGGGUUGCACAAAUGGAAGUUGAUGAUGAUGAUGAGGAUGAUGAUGAUGAUGAAAAUGAAGAUGAGCUACAGCCAUAUCAAAUGAGAAGGACUUGGGAAAGCAGUCCUCAUCCUUACCUGUUCUUCAACUCAGACAGAUUCAGUUUUACUUUCCUGGGAUUUUUCAUUGAUCGAGACUCCGGAAACUUGAUUGAUCAGCAGACAGAGACUGUUUUAGAGCGUGGCAUAAUGACUCAGAAUUUAUACGACUCCCUUGUCAGAAAUCAUGCUCCUAUACAAGAAAACUUUGAUGCUCUUCCAAGACAUGAGAAAAUCCUGAAGUUGUGCAAGUGUAUGGGUCUUGAAAUGCCACAUGAUCCAGAUGACACUUAUGAGCUGACAACUGACAAUGUGAAGAAAAUCAUGGCAAUUUACAUGAGGUUUCGUUGUGACAUACCAGUGAUAAUCAUGGGAGAGACAGGAUGUGGUAAAACACGAUUGGUCAAGUUUAUGUGUGCACUACAACAACCGCCAGGAGUUGAGAUGACGAAUAUGAUACUUAUGAAAGUUCAUGGUGGAACAACAAAUAAAGACAUUAUAAGGAAAGUAAAAGAAGCAGAACAAGUUGCACAAAAGAACAAAGAUGAGUACGGAGACCAUAUGUAUACAGUACUGUUCUUUGACGAGGCUAACACCACUGAAGCUAUUGGACUUAUUAAGGAAAUUAUGUGUGACAAAAGUAUGGAAGGAAAGAAACUGAAACUGUGUGAAAACCUGAAGAUGGUUGCUGCUUGUAAUCCAUACAGAAAACAUACAGAUGAGCUUAUCAAGAAAUUAGAGCAGGCAGGACUUGGGUAUCACGUAGAUGCUGAUGAGACAACAGACAGACUGGGUCGUGUACCGAUGAGACGUCUAGUGUACAGGGUGCAACCCCUACCACAGAGUUUAUUACCACUAGUAUGGGACUUUGGCCAGCUGAACACACAAGUGGAAGAUCUGUAUAUUAGACAGAUGGUCAGAAGAUAUAUUCGAGAAGACAAGUUACCAGAUCUACCAGGGUUGAUUGAGGUUGUCAGUGCUAUUCUUACUGCAUCACAGGAUUAUAUGAGGGAACAAAGGGACGAAUGCAGCUUUGUCUCGCUACGUGAUGUUGAUCGAGUAUUGACAGUGAUGAGCUGGUUUUAUCAACAGAGUCAAGGUGACAACAACACAUUGUUCAAUCUGAUGAAUAACAAACUGCAUGGUAGAAUUGAUUACUCUUCAUCUGAGGAGGAGGAGGAUGAGGACGAGAUAACAGUUAGACAGACUGAUAGUUUAGAGGAUGUUACACGCUCUCUUGUCCUGGCUGUGGGUGUAUGUUACCAUGCCUGUCUCAAAACAAGGCCGGAGUACCGUGCACAUGUUGCCCAGUAUUUCAGAGCACCAUGUGAGCUACCUGGUGGAGAAGAACAGAUAAAAGACGAAAUUGAAAGUUGCCAAGAAGUUUUUCUAGACAAUGUAGAACUGGGAAAGAACAUUGCACGCAACAUGGCACUGAGAGAAAACGUAUUCAUGAUGGUUGUGUGUAUAGAACUUCGCAUCCCGCUAUUCCUUGUCGGCAAACCUGGAAGCUCAAAGUCACUGGCCAAAACCAUUGUGUCUGAUGCUAUGCAAGGAAAUGCAGCAAGAGAGGCACUAUUCAGAGAACUGAAACAAGCCCAGAUGGUAUCCUUCCAGUGUAGUCCCUUGUCUACCCCAGAUGGUAUUGUUGGCACAUUCAGACAGUGUGCUCAGUUCCAGAAAGACAAAGAUUUGGACACAUUUGUCUCUAUUGUUGUCCUUGAUGAAGUUGGACUAGCAGAAGACAGUCCUAGAAUGCCACUCAAGACACUUCAUCCGUUGUUAGAAGAUGGUUGUCAGGGUGAUGAAAAACCUGAGAAACACAAAAAGGUUGCAUUUAUUGGUAUAUCCAACUGGGCACUGGAUCCAGCAAAGAUGAAUAGAGGAAUUCUUGUACAGAGAGAAGUCCCUGAUCUAGAGGAACUGAAAAACAGUGCAAAUGGAAUAUGCCAAACAGAGGAUGUUCUUGGUAAUUGGAUUGAACCCCUAAUUGAGCCAAUGGCAGCCUCCUACCUUGAAAUAUUUGAAAAAGCCUCACAGAAUAUGAGAGAGUUUUAUGGACUUAGAGACUUCUACAGCUUGGUCAAGAUGGUGUACAGUUUUGUUGAGAAAUCCAAACAGAAACCAACCUGGCAUGAAAUGUUACACGCCAUCAAGAGAAACUUUGGUGGACUGGAUAAAGUGGAUCCUGUUGAGAGCUUCAGGAGGCAUCUAGCUAAAAUUAUUCAUUUUGAACAGAGGCCAAAACAAACAGAUCCAGACUGUAGCCCAGCUGGUCUAGUGCAGGCUUGCUUGUUUGAUACAAAUCAGACACAAAGUGAGAGUAGAUACCUUCUAUUGUUGACUGAGAACUAUGGAGCUUUGACCAUCAUACAACAACAGAUACUGUCCAGAAGCAGUGAUAUCAGACCUAUUACCAUAUUUGGUAGCAGCUUUAGAAGUGACCAGGAAUAUACACAGGUUUGUAGAAACAUCAACAAGAUAAAAGUCUGUAUGGAAACUGGAAACACAGUAGUUUUACUGAACUUGGAAAACUUGUAUGAGAGUUUAUAUGAUGCCCUCAAUCAAUACUAUGUUUAUUUUGGAGGCGAACGAUACGUUGAUCUUGGUUUGGGGACGCACAGAGUCAAGUGUCCAGUACAUAAGAAUUUCAGACUGAUAGUGGUAGCAGAAAAGCAGACGGUGUACAAAAAGUUUCCUAUACCCCUGAUCAAUCGUCUUGAGAAACAUUUUCUCACAAUCAACACAAUGCUAUCACUAGAACAACGGCAAGUUGUUGAAACUCUGGAAGAAUGGGCAAACCGAUAUGUGUCACAGAAAAAUGCUGCAGCAUUUAUGCAAAGAAAGGAGAAAUCUGUUGCUAAAGUUGGGGAUGUUUUUAUUGGCUAUCAUGAUGACACAUGUUCUGCUAUUGUGCUAGAUGUUUGGGAGAAACAUAGAUACAUAGAUGAUGAAAGGGACAGGAAUACAGAGGUCCUUCAAGAUGCCAAGUCAGUUUUGCUUUGGUGCGCUACACCAGAGUCACUGGUGAGGCUUGCAAACAGUAGUCUUGCCAAUGAAGAGAAGACAUUACUGAGACGCUGGUACUUUGAGAGACAGGCACAUGACAGUUUUAUACAGUAUGUGAAUGUUAAAAUUGUGCAGGAGCAAUGUGAGCAGCUAUUUGCACAGAUUACUACCCAUUCCAAACUGAUGGCAGGUGUCCACAAGAGAGAAAUCAGCAAGGCCACUGGUAUACAAGUGGAUAAAAUACUGCUGCUUGAAACCUUGUCCUCUUUUGAUACAGAACAACAGUUUAGCAACAGAAUUCAACAGCACAUUCAGAAUACAGACAAAGAUCCAAGCCUAAUGGUAAUACAGUGUGACUCUGGUGAUGUUAAUGCCAAUCUUAUAGCCUGUGCCCGGUACUGUGUCAUGGACGAAUUUGAGAAAAUGAGAGAUGAACUACGAGCACCAGUGCAUGUUGUGUUUGUUGUUCAACUUCCUAGAGGGGCCACAUUUACAGGAUUCCAGUGUGGUGUUUGGCACUCGGCACAUAUAGAUGACUUGUACACAGAGGACAUGAAUAUGCCUACACUACAGGACAUGCAAGACAAGUCAGUGGCCAAAAUAUUUACUGAUGCUGUUACAGAACCUGUUGCUAUGGAAACUGAAGACAACAUUGCUGGAGAGAAUGUUCAUGGAGCAGAGGAUAUGGAAUGGAGUGGACAUGAGCAUGGAAACAUUUCACCACAUCCAGGUACAAGCAAAGAUGAUGGUACCAGAAUGGAAACACAUGAACCAGGGACUGCAUUAGGAACGAGUGGAGAACCUUUACAGUUAAAUGAUGUUCUCUUAGAUUUACAAAGUGUUGGCUCACAACAUGAUCCAGGAAUCAGUCAACAAGGAUAUGGACAACAUAGACUAAAUGUAAAAGGACUAAUAUUAGCUUGUGUACAGGCAGCACUGUCUAUGGUGAAAGAUAAAGAGGAAAAUACAAGUAAAGAAACAGACAGAGUGGCACUUGUUUUGAAACUUCUACACCAAGAACAAGUAGAAGGCCAAGCGUCCUUCCUGCAUGGAGUAUGUUGUCUGAUAGCCAAACUUUUGAAAGAGAAGGAAUCUAAGACUCAUGUUGCACACAUGGCACAUCACUGGCUGAUCAAUGAAGCUGCUUCCAAAGAAAAUAUCAAUAAGGCUGGAACAUUCAGACGUUCGUGUAUACAAACUCUGGAAACCAAAGUUGCACCAAUUUUAGCUGGAAUUAUUGCUUAUUUGGACACAAAUGACAACAUAAAGAUACUUCAAGAAAAUUGCCAUUGGAAACAAGAGUUAUGGUUGACUGUUCUCAAUACCCGUGAUGCAAUCAGCCUACAGUUCACAGAUUUACAAUCACCAACAAGACAAAGUGACCUUCAGGAAGUAGUUGUUAUGACAACAGGAAGUGAAGGCCACAUGUUCAGUGCUAGAAUGCCAUUUUCUUGGCUUUUGGUUAAGCAUAUCAGUGAAAUACUAAAACUUCAUCAUCCGGCAGCUGAGUCACAUGACCAUGAAGAGGGAGAUGAGGUUAUUCCAAAAGCUGAAUCAUCAGUAAAGGUGUUGAGUGAACACGCAGUAGGAAAAGUUCUUAGCUGUGUAACCCAAGAGGAAACUGUGACAGAAGCUGUAAAAGAAUACAUACACGACUUUGUCCACACCGUGUACCAUGCCGCUUCAGAAGCAGAACAUCAGUUGGUAUGCGAGUCUGUAUUCUAUGUGACCAAUCAAAUGGCAAAUGACACAACAGAGAACAUGCUGCUACAUAGCAUAGUGAAUGUUCAUAUGGCCUACCAGAAACUUGCUCCCAGACUUACCUACUUUAGAGCCAUGAACAGUGUAUGGCCAGAAUGUAGUGCUACUAUAAUAGACUUAAAGACAAAGAAUCCCGAUCAUUUCAUGUUCAAGGAGCAGGAAUUUACAUUUUCAGCUCUGUGCCUGCUCCUAGAAAAUUUGUCACCAAAAGGUACUGACCUCAACAAUCCACGAGGUCGCUCACAUUGGUUAAAUAAAGUGCAUCGAUACAGACCUGUCGUAGAAAAAGUGAUCAGUUUGCAUGGUGAAGAUCACACUCUGUACGGAGCUCAUAGUGUCCAGUCUGUACGAAGGGCAAAGGGAUUAUGGAGUAGAGUAAUGGUUGUAAAAUUAUUCUUGGAGCAUGUCUGUGCAACUGAGAGGGAAGAUAAAAUCACAAUUAAACAUUGUAUGCCACUUUGGAUGCUACUUGGAGAAGAGACAGAUUUAAAAGAAAUGAAGUCCCUGGCAGGUGUUGAAAAAUUUCUCAAGAGUUGUAAUAAACAAGCUAUGAAGGAAUAUAUGGGGGAAGAAGUGAAGUGCUGCCUCUGUGAAUCUGUCCUAGAAGGUCCACCAUUUGUACUACCAUGCAAAGAUGUUUUGUGUGACCAGUGUUAUGAUGGUAUGAAGGCUCUUGGGGAAAACAGAUGCGCAAAAUGCCACAAAGAAUUUGCUGGAAACUGGCAGCCACAGCGGCAACUAGCGAAAAAAAAUGCCAUAGAAAAACUGAAAGACUAUCAGAAGAGAUGUAAUACCUUCUUCAUGGAUGUGGUUUCCCAGUUAUGUUUUGCCAGCAACACUGCUCCUUCACAUGAGGUUGUGGAAAAACUGCUUGGCUAUAUAUUUUUUGUCACAAGGGGUAAACACCAGCGCACAAGAGAUUUGUCGAUAUUUGACACUGGAAUUGAUCCAAACCCAGUUUUCAGAUCAUUCCUUCUCCAGCUUCUUAUGAGAACAAGUGAGGACAAUGUUAUAGAAAACCUUGAGCAUUAUUUGACCGAAGCAGCAGGUUUUAUAAGACAGGAUGUGCCUGAUCAGGAACAACACUAUGUGGAACUCUGCUUGCUUGUCAUCCAGUGCUUAGAGGACAUGUUUACACAAGAAGCUAACCGAGUUGAUGUAGAAGAGACACAAUAUGCAUCAGCAGCUUUACGUAGGGCUACACAGACAAUAGCAAUAGAAGAGCUGAAAGUAGAGAAAUUAUAUGGACUGGCUAGUGCAAGAAUGAGCCUUGCAGUUGCAGCCAAAUAUAUUGCUCAUAUUGUAAUGAAUGAUAUAGAGACAAGAGAUGUAGAACGUCGUGUGAGGAAAUUGAUUGAGGAAGCGCAGAAACUGUGUGAAGAUAUAAACGUUAGAUGGACAAGGAUCUACUUGGUGAAACACCUAUGCAGAUGUUUUGGUGUAGAUGUAUAUCAGACUAUCUGUCGUAACCCAGCCCCAUUCCUCAGAUGGAUUAAUAUGAGGGAUACAAACAGGGAUCAGGUAGUUGAAGUUUCCGACAGAUAUAUCGUUUGUGGUGAAAGUUACAAAACUGUAAGAGAAGCUGUAACGAAAGUAGCAUUGGGAGAGAAUGUGGAACAUUUGGAGGACAUUGUACAGGAACUUCAUGCAGCAGGGAGAAGAAUAGAGCCGAUUUUACAGCUUGCUGUACACAGGGAAAUCUCAAGUUCUUACUUGUAUCCACAAGAGCAAAGGAAACUCACACAACAGGUGAUGCAGACUCUUACACAGUUCAUUGGAAACAGUGAUGCGGUCAAAAACAAGCCAUUUAUGCAAGCUUUGGUAAUGAACCAGCUCCUACCAAGACAUCUGGCAGUCAUAGAGGGCUCAAGUCUACGCUUACAGGGAAUUCAGUGCCUUAUUGUUCACUUCUUUUCUGUGAUGUCGCAUUUUAAUGGGACUGGAACUUUACUGCAGCCUUUGACUGCCUUGAUGACAAAUCCACAAGCAUAUGUUAAUUCAUUUUUACCAACAAUGCCCCAAGACGACCUAGAAGAUGUGAAAGAAGCCUUGUUGGCGGCAAGAAACCAAGUGAGGGGAGCAGAUCACAAUCCUGUGUUUUAUAGAUGUCCAAAUGGUCAUCCAUACGUUAUUGGUGAUUGUGGACGCCCAGCAACUGUGGGUAAUUGCAGGGACUGUGGUGCUACAAUUGGGGGAGAGGGUUACAGACUUCGUCCCGGCAACAUCCAAGACCAAGGGAAUGACAACACUAUGACCGGACAUAUCCUUGGUCGUGCAGAAGCUAGAGGUCCGGGUCCUAAACCGGAAAGAACACUCACACCUGCAUACUGUGCUUUAGUUAGAUUAAUUCUACACAUGGCCAUGUAUAUCGGAUCUGGAACAAACCAACAGGGAAUACAGAGAUUAAUAAAACCUGACAUUGACAUGAAUGAUGUAGUCAACUUUUUAUGGUCCCAUAUUAACUUGGAUAUUGAUGAUCUUCAUAGAACGCUCGGUAGAAGCAUCGACGAUGUCUUGCUGCUCAUGCAUACUAUUGUUGAUCAUGUUUUGAAGAUGCACAAUGAUGGUGAUCAAGUUGCUGCUGAAGUGAACCAACUUUCUACCAAAGGAGGAAGACGUCAGUGGGAAAUUCUUUUCUGUGCGAAAUUCUUGCAAGACACAUUGCAGAAUCUUGACAAUAGUUUGAAAAUGCAUAACCAAGAAUUAGCACAGGACCAGAGACUAGGCGCUGACCCUCUACUCUGCUUGUUGUACGAGACUGAUACCAAUGUAGCGAGAGAGAAUCCAGCUGCUUUAGAGGACAUUCCAAGAGUAUGGCGGUACAGGACACCAAUAUCUCUACAACAUCUCAGACAAGAAGCAGAAGCGAAGAUUUCGCAAAAGCAACACAAAGUAUUACAACUUUUCCUGAAAGAGGAUCACCACUUACGAGCGCUUCGGUACAUUCCAAGCAUUUUACGUCUUCAUCGGGCUUUGUUCCAAAAAUAUCAGAGGAAAUUAGACAAGGCGGAAGCAUCUCAGAUCACUGUUGGACUGCUUAAACGAGAAGAAAUAGCAGGCGGAGAAACAAUGCAGUUACUACAAGACUUUGCCGAUGCUUGGGAGUUGGUUCGAGAAUCAUUAACUUUAUACUUAUGUCCCACAGAAUUGGGUGGUAUGAUAGUAUCCAAAGAGUAUUGUAACAGAAGUAUUAAUGACAGAACACCAGUCUCCAUGCUAUUGCCAACAACAAAGGAAGCUGGACUCUGUUCAUAUGUACUGUUAGACUUCCUAAUGAGAAAACAAAAUGACUUCUUAGAUAAAUACUUGAAGGAAGCACACAGGAAAUCGAGUAGUAUAUCAAGCGUAAACCCCAAGGAAGUGACUUCGGCUCACCUGAUCAGCUACGACCCUCAGCACGAUAUUCUUCCUUUAGUCCUAGCAAAUUGCCAGUAUUCUUUCGAGAUGGGCAAAGGGACAAAGAUAGAGUAUGAUUUUGCUGCCUUAGAAAGACAACUGAUGGAUAGAUUCUUGUUCUCCAAAUCCAGGAUUGAUGUUGGCAGAGUGUUAAUGAUUGAUCAGAUGGUGUACAGAACAGAGUUUACUAAUGCUGAAGUGUUUAGGAAACUAGCUGACAAAAUACCACAGGAAACUUUAAGUGCUGCAGUAAAGACCCAGAUUUGCAGCGAGAUCAGAUCGCUUCCUGACCUUUGUACUUCACUGGACAAUCUGGAUAUCACUAUCAGUUUCCUCAAGUCUACAGGAGGCCAGCCAGACAAAACUUUGCACGAGUUUAUGGUCAACACCUUACAGAUGGACACGUCUAUACAAAGUCAAAAAGCUCAACAGGCAUGCGAGUUCCAGCAUGCGCAGUCGCUAUGGUUACUGCUGUCUCUACAGAAAUCAAAAAAGACGAUAGAGCAUAAUCAGCAUACAGAGUCCACGUUUGAGAGCGUUGUACAGGAGUUCCACGAGGAAUUGCCGGAUGAGUUACUGACUGCAUACAGGGCGUACAUGAAGAAGUUGUCAAUAGAAAAACUCACCCAAUUAUUAGAAAUUAUGCAUGAAUAUAUCCUGUUAGUAGUGGCUGUGAGACAGAACCCUGAGAAUGAAGAUUUUAUUGAUACAUCCAAUAACAAACUUGGAGAAUGUUUGUAUGUAUAUAUAGAGAAUAUGGACAAUCCACCACUACAGAUAGCUGUACUGGCAGACUUCCCUAAGGAUAUAUUAUACAAACACAGUGUUCAUGCAUGGGUUAAUACCUAUGGUAUGCUGAGAGAGAAACAGACGGGAUACUAUCGUAGAUUCUGAUUAAGUCUGUAUUGGAGGGAAGAUUAUUUAAGGACAGUAUUGGACCAACCUUUUUGGGUUGUUGUAGUAACAUUAUCAAAGUUUGUAAUGAUAGCCUGUGAUAUGACAUAUUUGACAAUAAUUGUUACAUUUCCAGUGAUAUGGUUGAAACUCAAGGCAGUAAUUCUUAGUAUAUUUGAUUUGCAUGUGAUAAUAUUAUAUGUGUAAGGACCUUGUUUUGUGAAUCACUAUUAUCUACUUAUGAUGUAAUUUAUUGUUUGCAUAAGUUUGUUGCAGUUAUUUUGAACUUGUUACAUUCAUUUAAUUGUUAUUGCUGACAGUUUUCGAUAUGUGUCUUUAUUGUACCCCCCGACAACAAAGUUGUAAGGGGGGGUAUACUGGUUUCAGGUUGUCUGUCUGUCUGUCUGUCUGUCCGUCUGUCUGUCUGGUCGUCUGUCCGUAGACGCAAUCUUGUGCGCACCAUCUCUCCUUAUCCCCUUGACAGAAUUUAAUGAAACUUCACACAAGUGAUCAGUACCAACAGUAGUUGUGCAUGGGGCAUGUUAGGUUCUUUUAGAAAAAAAAUUUGCAGAGUUAUGGGACUUUGUUUUUUUGUUACUAUACUAUAUACGUAGACACAAUCUUGUGCGCACCAUCUCUCCUCAUCCCCUUGACACAAUUUAAUGAAACUUCACACAAGUGAUCAGUACCAACAGUAGUUGUGCAUGGGGCAUGUAAAGUUCUUUUAGAAAAAAAUUUGCAGAGUUAUGGGACUUUGAUUUUUGUUACUAUACUAUAUACAUAGACACAAUCUUGUGCGCACCAUCUCUCCUCAUCCCCUUGACACAAUUUAAUGAAACUUCACACAAGUGAUCAGUACCAACAGUAGUUGUGCAUUGGGCAUGUAAGGUUCUUUUAGAAAAAAAAAUUGCAGAGUUAUGGGACUUUGUUUUUUUGUUACUAUACUAUAUACAUAGACACAAUCUUGUGCGCACCAUAUCUCCUCAUCCCCUUGACACAAUUUAAUGAAACUUCACACAACUGAUCAGUAACAACAGUAGUUGUGCAUGGGGCAUGUUAGGUUCUUUCAGCGACAAAAAUUGCAGAGUUAUGGGACUUUGUUUCUUGUUAACAUACUAUGUACAUACAGUCUGCAUAUGCAAUCUUGUGCGUGCCUAAUCUACCAAACCCUUGCACACAAUUUAAUAAAACUUCACACAAGUGAUCAGUACCAACCCUAGUUGUGCAUGGUGCAUGUUACAUUCUUUUAGAUAAAUAUUCUGCAUAGUUAUGGGACUUUGUUUUUUGUUACUAUACUGUAUACAUACAGUCUAUAUACAUACAGUCCACAUAAUUAUGCAGUCUUGUGUGUGUCAAAUUGCAAUGUACUGUGUCAGUGCAUGCGGGGGGUACAUUCAUCACCUUUAGUGAUAGCUCUAGUUCUUACUGUUGUAUGGUUUAUUGUUUUGUGUAUUGCUGGAUUAUGUUUGUUUCAGUGUUCUUAAUGGCACUGACCUCCAGAUUUUGGCUAAAACAUGAUCUUUCUUUCAAAUUGAAGUUUGGUCGUAUUAUGAACGUGAGAAUAUGUUUUUGUUUCUAAACUAUUUUAAAAAUCAAGAAAAAAAGAUGACCGCUACGGGAAUCGAACCCGGAUUGCCGCAGCAAUAAAAAACCGUUUAGCGCUGUCGUUACCAAUAGCACUAAUGAGGAUUUAGUGAUUAAUGCGCGUUAAAUAAAGAUAUUUAUAACUGAGGCAGUUUACCUCGAGUAAAGCGUUGUAAAGUGUUACAAACGCUUUUCGAUUUUCAUAGUAAAAAGUAGUAAAAACAACAAAUUCUCAAGUGUUUCCAUAACAUAUACUCUGUCAGUAAUUAAGUUUCAAAGCAUUCUUAAGAAAUAUAGCAUUAAUUUCCAGAUAUCUAAAAAUAAUCUUUUUUUAUGUCGAACGAUCUGGAGGCCAGUGCCUUUAACCUUAAAUAUGAUUUUGUGCAUUUAGUUUUUCUAUAAUUCGUAUAUUUAUGUUAAUUUGACAGUGUGCAGGUACAAUAUGUAAAAGGUUAAAAUGAUUUCAUUUCGCUUAAAUAAAAAAACAACUUUUUGUAUGAAC